GACGACGGGGAGGAGGCCGGAGGCAAACAGGAGGAGGAAGCCCGGGAAAGUGAGGCGGCCGACUAGAGCGCGGAGCGCCAAGUUGUGGGGAAACUGGAGACCGGGACCUGUGCCGAGGGGCCGAACCCGGUCCCUAAGUGGAGGCCCUGAAAGGAGGCUUCCUGAAAGAACAGUAACGUUCCCUUGUGGUUCAUCACCAUGCCUUCCGACCUGGCCAAGAAGAAGGCAGCCAAAAAGAAGGAAGCUGCCAAAGCACGACAGCGGCCCAGAAGAGGACAUGAAGAAAACGGAGAUGUUGUCACAGAGCCACAGGUGGCAGAGGAGAAAAAUGAGGAGGCCAAUGGCCAAGAGACCACAGAAGUGGAUUUGCUGACCAAGGAGCUAGAGGACUUUGAGAUGAAGAAAGCUGCUGCUCGAGCUGUCACUGGCGUCCUCGCCUCUCACCCCAACAGUACCGAUGCCCACAUCAUCAACCUCUCCCUCACCUUUCAUGGUCAAGAGCUGCUCAGUGACACCAAACUGGAAUUAAACUCAGGCCGUCGUUACGGCCUCAUUGGCUUAAAUGGAAUUGGUGAGGCCCUUGGAAA